AUGAAGAAAAAGCUAGAGCUUGAAGAUGAUCACAACAAGGACCUUGAAAUCAUCAAAGCAGUGGCACAAGCCUGGCACUGUCAUUCCAGCUGCUCUCGGUCAACCAAUGAAUUCGAUGCCUACCGCAGAAAUUUUAAAGGUAAGCCUUCCAGAUUCAAGCUUGAAGCAAUGAGCAAGUCAUCUGUCAAGGCCAAGGACUAUAUUGCUACUCCAAACUGGGACUUUGGCCAAUCACUGUGGGAUUCAUAUGAACUUGUCACCGUGGCCAAAAAGCUUGAGACUGGCCUGGUUUUCGAUGACCCUUUUUACGGGGUUAGAAGAAGCUACAAUUAUAGCUAA